CUAGACGCUGCUCUGUCAAGACAAAUUCGCUGGGAUUUUCUACGUCCUUUGAGAUACCUUGACUUGAGCUAUCUUGCACAACACAAGAAUCAUUCAAUUCACAUAUAUAAAUGUCACCGAAUGAAAAGUUGUCAGUCAGCAAUUCAUAGUCGAAAAGUUCAGUUUCUUGAAAAUAACUAGGUGAAUACACCCAAUUCUACAAAUAAGUACAUACACAAGGAUACCCUCCGAGGUGUUUUGAUUUUGAAGGACCCAUAAAAGGACAAUGGGACAUUGGGGUAAAGCCAUAGCUCUGACAUUGGCUGUUGUUCUUUCUGGACCAGUCAGAGGUACUACGUAUUUCGAAAAAACCGGAAGCAAAGAUCUAGAAGCUUCGGCCACUGGAUUUUCUUAUCAGGUCAAAUCUAUUUCACCAUUGGAUGGAAAAUCAGACUACGAGAAAGAAUUCGAGGAGUACAAAUCGGGACCGUCAGUGGGCCGAUACUCUUACGACCCAGUGCCUCUUGAAAAACUCCCCUUGAGUCCGAACUAUGGACCAUCCGAGGCUGUCUAUGAGCCUGCUAACUCUUAUGGAAACCCUUAUGCCAAGGGAUACGACAAUUUCUUGGAUGACGGUUCCAAAAGCUUCACAGACGACUACAGCUUCCUCAAAGCAGGCGGUUCCAACUUUCUUAACUCCCGAAACUCAAACGACGGCGAAAAAUUCGCAAAGGGCUAUUCCGACCUCUCUGGAUUCGCCAAAGGGCUGAAAGGGCAUCACGAAAAGGACUCGAAGAGCCGCUUCUACGACGUCCUUGGAGGUGGACGGACUGGCCGCACGCAGGAAGCCGACCAGUACUCCAAACACGGCCAGGCUGCUAAGGGCAAUAAGGGCGGAUCGUUUGCCAGCGAAAAAAGUCACGAUAAAGGGUCGAAAACGAGCGGGUAUCAGAAGGUUUACCAUAAGGACGAGUUCAAGAAGGACCGCGUUUUUUACGACAAGAAAAAUGAUAAGGGGCAUUUCAACAGAUAUGGUAAUUUUGACAAUGCAGCUGCUUCUGAAGCUGGUGCUGCUGCCAAAGGUAGCAGCCUGGACGCCGCUUUCGAAGAUGGAAAAUACGGGGCAAGAGGUUUAAGUGACAAAGGGCGGUUUCUUGACGAAGACAGCGGGUACAAUGGGGCACAAGGCGAUGCCAAGUACUAUAGAAACGGGGCAGCAUACGCGAAUAAGGGUGGGAAGUCCUUUGGAACAAUCAGGGGGUAUAGUGAGAGAUGAAUUUGACGACUAUUUAGUUUUGGUUAUUUGUAGAUUGUUGUUGUUUUAUUGAUUUUAUUUAUUUAGUUGUGAUGAUUUUGUGAAUAAUUUGUGUUUCGAGUAAUUAAAAAUGUUCUUAAAACAGUUCUGUCUUUAUUUAUUUAUUCAUAGAGAUUCAAUUUGUAGAUUUCUCAGUUUUUUUAAUACCAACUUUGUUAAAAUUGGUAUAGUCAAUCGCCCAUACUUGGGACAGUUCUCAACUUCAACUAUAAACAACUCUAUUAAAAAUAAUAUUCCAACAACUCAAACAAAAAAAAAUGUGUACCACCACACUAAAAAAAUACACCUUGCUCUCCACAGUUGGGCUGAUAGUUCCCAACAUUGAUUUCAAUGUGAAGUUUAGUAUAUCAAUUUGGGGUUGUUUAUUCUCAAUUCAAAUUCGUACGUUUACUAACUUAGAUGUUUUCAAUCAAAGUUGACUGUUGUUGUUUUAUUGAUUGUAUUCAUUUAGUUGUGAAGAUUUUGUGAAUAUUUUGUGUUUUUGAGUAAAUAAAAAUAUUCCUA